AUGUCGACGUCACAAACUCUCGGCGGCGCAACCAGAUGCGGCCGUGUAAUCGGUCCUUCCUUAGACAAAAUCAUCAAAAACGCAGCGUGGCGUAAACACACAUACCUCGUCUCUUCAUGUAAAUCCGUUCUCGAUAAGCUCGAAUCUCUUCCCGACGACUUUCACGAUCCUUUCUCCGUCGUCUCCGGACUCUCCACUACCGACGCAGAUUCCGUUCUCCAGCCAUUCCUCUUCUCUCUCGAUUCCGGUUAUUCAAAAGUCGUCGAACCAGCUCUCGAUUGCGCGUUCAAACUCUUCUCUCUCUCAAUCCUCCGCGGCGAGAUCCAAUCAUCGAAACAAGAUUCAAUCCUCUUCAAGCUCGUUAACGCCGUCUCUAAAGUCGGCGCGAUUGCCGAAGAACCGAUUCAACUCGCCGUUCUUCGGAUUCUCCUCGCCGCAGUCAGAUCUCCUUGCGUUUUGAUCCGCGGCGAUUGUUUGUUACACGUCGUGAAGACUUGUUACAAUAUCUACCUCGGUGGAUUAAACGGUACGACUCAGAUCUGUGCGAAAUCGGUAUUAGCACAGAUGAUGCUUGUGAUAUUCACAAGAUCCGAAGAAGAUUCGCUCGAUGUUUCUGUGAAAACGAUUUACGUCAAUGAGUUAUUAACGUUUACGGAUAAGAGCGUUAACGAAGGUAGCUCUGUUUAUUUUUGUCAAGGCUUUGUGAAUGAAGUUAUGGCUGCAGGACAAGGUAGUCCUCUUCCUCCUCCUGAUGUGAUUCAGAUUCUGUUGGCAAAUCCGGAGACUGAAACUGUUAUGACUCCGGAUUCGCCUUCGUUUCGAGGAUAUGUUAGUAACGGUGAAGCUGAUUCUGUGGGUGGUGAUAUGAGUAAGAUGAGGCAAGAUGCUUUCCUUUUGUUCAAGAACUUGUGUAAAUUGUCUAUGAGGUUUUCGUCGCAGGAGAACAACGAUGAUCAGAUUAUGGUUAGAGGUAAGACUUUGUCUUUGGAAUUGCUUAAGGUCAUUGUCGAUAAUGGUGGUCCUGUUUGGCGCUCUAAUGAAAGUUUCAUCAAUGCGGUUAAGCAAUACUUGUGCUUAUCGCUAUUGAAGAACAGUGCGGUGUCAAUCAUGUCGAUAUUCCAAUUGCAAUGUGCUAUAUUCAUGAGCUUGUUGUCGAAGCUUAGAUCAGUAUUGAAAGCGGAAAUCGGCAUUUUCUUUCCGAUGAUUGUUCUCCGUGUGCUAGAGAAUGUACUCAAUCCUAGUUUCUUGCAGAAGAUGACUGUUCUCAACUUGCUGGAUAAAAUGUCGCAGGAUCCGCAGUUGAUUGUUGAUAUCUUUGUGAACUAUGACUGCGAUGUGGAUUCCUCGAAUAUACUUGAAAGGAUUAUCAACGGUCUUUUGAAAACUGCUCUAGGACCACCGACCGGUUCAUCGACAACGCUGUCUCCAGGACAAGAUAGUACAUUUAGGAAUGAAUCUGUCAAGUGUUUGGUUAACGUAGUCAAGGCAAUGGGAAAUUGGAUGGAUCAGCAGUUAAAAGUGAAUGAGACUGUUUGGCCUAAGGGAUCACAAAUUUAUGCUUCUAUGGACAGUUAUGCAAGCCAGAUUGGUGAAGAAGGAACUAUAUCUGACUUCGAUUCGCAACCAGAUACGAAUCCCGAAGCUUAUGAUGCUUCAAUGCUUGAGCAACGAAGAGCGUACAAAAUUGAACUACAGAAGGGUAUCUCUCUGUUUAAUAGGAAGCCUUCGAAAGGUAUCGAGUUCCUCAUAAGCAGCAAGAAAAUAGGCAGUUCCCCUGAGGAAGUGGCUUCGUUUCUGAUUAAGACAGCAGGGCUUAAUGGAACGGUGAUUGGUGAUUAUCUUGGUGAAAGAGAAGAACUUCCACUCAAAGUUAUGCAUGCAUAUGUGGACUCGUUUAAUUUCGAAAAGAAGGAUUUUGUCGAAGCAAUAAGGUUCUUCCUACGCGGCUUUAGGCUACCAGGAGAAGCACAAAAAAUAGACCGAAUCAUGGAGAAAUUUGCAGAACACUACUGGAAAUGCAACCCUGACUCUUUUACAAGCGCAGACACUGCUUAUGUUCUUGCAUACUCCGUGAUAAUGCUCAACACAGAUGCACACAACAACAUGGUUAAGGAUAAGAUGGCGAAAGCUGACUUUGUCCGCAACAAUCGGGGAAUAGAUGACGGCAAGGACUUACCUGAAGAGUAUCUAGGCUCUCUAUAUGAUCGAGUUGUAAAAGACGAAAUCAAGAUGAACUCUGACACUUUAGCCCCACAAAGCAAACAAGUGAAUGGCUUGAAUAAACUAUUGGGUUUAGAUGGUAUCCUCAAUCUUGUUUCUUGGAUGCAACCAGAUGAGAAACCGCAUGGUGCUAAUGGACUUCUUAUAAGAGAUAUCCAGGAACAGUUCCAAGCUAAGUCAGGGAAAUCAGAGUCAGUUUAUCAUACUGUUACAGAUGUCUCGAUAUUGAGGUUCAUUCUCGAGGUCUCUUGGGGACCAAUGCUUGCUGCAUUCAGUGUCACUCUUGACCAGAGUGAUGAUAGACUGGCAACUUCUCUGUGCUUACAGGGAUUUCGUUAUGCCGUGCAUGUCACUUCAGUUAUGGGAAUGCAAACCCAGAGAGAUGCUUUUGUCACUUCCAUGGCCAAAUUCACUAAUCUCCAUUGUGCUGCAGAUAUGAAGCAGAAAAAUGUAGAUGCCGUAAAAGCGAUAAUAACAAUAGCCAUAGAAGACGGUAACCAUCUACAAGGAUCUUGGGAACAUAUUUUAACUUGCCUUUCCCGUAUCGAACAUCUGCAACUCCUGGGAGAAGUAUCACCUUCAGAUACACGUUAUACCCCUACAACAAAAGCUGAGGUAGAUGAAAAGAAAGCUUUGGGUUUUCCGCAUUUAAAGAAACGCGGAGCUCUUCAGAAUCCAUCUGUGAUGGCUGUAGUUAGAGGAGGUUCUUAUGAUAGUACUUCGCUUGUGAAAACCGUUCCCAAACUAGUUACUCCGGAUCAGAUCAAGAGUUUCAUUGCCAAUUUGAAUCUACUUGAUCAAAUAGGCAACUUUGAGCUGAACCAUGUCUAUGCCAAUAGCCAAAGGUUGAAUAGUGAAGCUAUAGUUGCUUUUGUUAAAGCGCUCUGCAAAGUCUCCAUGUCAGAACUUCAGUCACCAGCAGAUCCUCGUGUCUUUAGCCUCACAAAACUAGUCGAGACAGCGCAUUAUAACAUGAAUCGUAUCCGAUUAGUUUGGUCCCGCAUAUGGAACGUUUUGUCUGAUUUCUUCGUAUCAGUCGGCUUGUCAGAGAAUCUCUCUGUUGCAAUAUUUGUAAUGGACUCGCUUCGUCAGCUUUCUAUGAAAUUCUUGGAGCGUGAGGAGCUAGCAAACUACCAUUUCCAGCAUGAAUUUCUUCGACCAUUCGUCGUUGUCAUGCAGAAAAGUAGUUCCGCAGAGAUUAGAGAGCUAAUAGUCCGAUGUGUUUCUCAAAUGGUUCUAAGUCGAGUUAGUAAUGUGCAAUCUGGUUGGAAAAGUGUCUUCACAGUUUUUACAACUGCAGCGAUCGACGAGAGGAAGAACAUUGUACUAUUAGCUUUCGAGACUAUCGAGAAAAUCGUGCGGGAUCAUUUUCAUUGCAUAACCGAGACAGAGAUCUCGGUAUACGCAGACUGCAUUAGAUGCCUCAUCACCUUCACAAACAGCAAGUUUGAAGGCGACAUUGGUUUCAACACCAUAGAGUUUCUUCGCUUCUGCGCUUCAAAGCUCGCAGAUGGAGGACUUGUAUGGAACGAAAAACUCAAGAACAGUAAUAUCUCAGCUUUAAAGAAAGAUUCAUCUGAUUCACCGAGUGUUACUGACCUCGAUGAACAAGUAUCCUAUUGGGUUCCUCUGCUUUCAGGUUGUAAUCAGAUCCGGCUUCUAUGCUUUAUCAAUUACUACACACUUGCUAAGUUGCAUCCCUCUAUUUUCAUUUGUUCAGGUUUAUCUAAGCAAGCUUCAGAUCCGAGACCAGCGAUUCGAAAGCGGUCCAUAGAAGUACUAUUCAACAUUUUGAUGGAUCAUGGUCAUCUAUUUACAAGACCCUUUUGGACCGGAAUCUUCAGCUCAAUCAUUCUCCCUGUUUUCAACAACAUUCGUAGUAAAACCGAUAUGCGAUUCGAAGAAAGCGUAGAUUCUCCAUCCUCGGCUUCUCUAGACACCGAAGAAACCACAUGGGAUUCCGAGACAUCAACAUUCGCAUUGCAGCUUCUCGUAGAUCUACUCGUUAACUUUUUCAGUUCCGUGAGAUCUCAGCUUUCGAGCGUUGUGUCAAUCAUCAUAGGGUUCAUAAAGAGUCCGGUUCAAGGCUCAACGGGAUCUGGAAUCUCUGUCUUGCUUCGUUUAGCUGAUGGAUUAGCUCGAAACGCCACUAAAGAUGAAUGGAGAGAGAUUUUCUUGGCUCUCAAGGAAGCAGCCUCGCUUACUUUCGCGGGUUUCAUGAAAGUCUUGAGAACCAUGGAUGAUAUCGAAGAUAUCGAAACAAUCUCAGGCCAAAGCGUAAACAAAGAUGAUCUCGAUGAUGAUAAUCUUCACAUCAUGUCUUAUGUUGUCUCCAGAACAAAGAAACACAUUGAUGCUGUGAGUGAUUUAUACACGAAAAACCAAUACUCAUUUUCCGCGACACACGUAGAUAUCCUCGCAGACAUUUUCUCGUGCAUCGCGUCUCACGCGCAGCAACUAAACACAGACACAGUCCUUAGAAGGAAAUUCAAGAGAGCAUGCUCAGUACAAAACCUAACAGAGCCUCAACUACUUAACUUCGAGAACGAAUCUAACAAAGCCUACAUGAAUUUCCUUCAAGACAUGGUCAAUUGCAAUCCAAACGUCUCUAAAGAACUCGAUUUAGAGUCUCGUUUAAUCGCUGAAUGCGCGAAAGUCGUCAAGAUCUACCUUAGAUGCACAGGUCAACAACAAGAACAACAAAGAAAACCGUUGAAUUGGAUUCUUCCGAUGGAAUCAGAUCGGAUUGAAGAAGCUACGGCGAGAACUUCGUUGCUUGUUUCGUCGCUCGAAGCUUUGUGUUCAUUAGAAGCAGAGUCUCUGAAACGACACGUGUCGAGCUUCUUCCCUUUGUUGGUGGAUCUUGUCAGGACUGAACAUUGCUCUCCACAAGUUCCGUACGUCUUAAGCAAUGUUUUGAAAUCGUGCAUUGGUCCUAUUUUGGCUUAA